GUAGUUUGUUAUCUAACAGACUGGAACUUUCACCAGACAAGCGUUUGAGGGGAGAGAGAGGAGGGACCGGCAGGAGUGCGUGAAGGACGGGCAAGUCUGAUGACAUCCACAGUUUCAAUGCUGAAUCAUCUACAGCAGCAGACAACUCGUGAGUUUGGAAAGUUAUAAAUUGUUUUUUUUUUACUUUGUAAAGAGAGCAUUGUAGCCUAUGUCAAACCUCUGUAAGGGCUGGGAAAGUUGAACCAGAAACAAAGACUGUUCUGGAGACUGCCCGUAUUUCUCGAACCCACAUUCACACUGACAGGCGGAGGAACGGGACAGACUGAGGGGGUUUGGAAGGAGAGAAAAACUUGUCGAAAAAAUCCUACCAGUCCACUUCUGCAUCAAGAAAUGUCCUAAAAUUACGCAUGAAGGAGUUUAUGGAGACGAGAAGAAGAGUUGUGGUGACAACGAGAGAGAAAGUUAGAGGAGAGUAGAGCAGAAGAGUGGAGAGCACGGGACAGUCAGAGGAGAAUCUAGUCUACCUGGGAAAGGGGUCAGAGAAUGAAUUAGCGAACAACGAGUUCCCUGUGUCGCAGCCAACAGUCAGUUAGCCACACCCAUGGAUGAGGAGAGGAGCCCCCCUGUCAGCUCACCUGAGCCCCUUGAUGAUAGGGACCCACAUCCCCCCACGCCGCACCCCAACCCCUCCAUGGACAUCCCAGCCUCCACCCCUAUUCCAAACCCCCCACACAUCACAGAUUUGGACAGGAGCAUGGAGCCCCUUAUCGAGAGGCCAAAGGUUAAACCAGAGGGGUUGCUAGGAGACGCGGAGAACGGCAACAACAACAACAGUCUCUCACAGCCGGACCUGACGACACCUAGCAAGAUCAUUACCUGUCAGCCCCAGGCUCGAUCCACCCACAUCAACCCCAGCCAACCCUGCCUAACACAGCCAACCAGCCAGCCACGAGACGGAGCCAAGCCCCACACACACGGCCCCAACUGCACACACGCCCCUCACACCAACGGAGUGAGGAACGGAGGGCCCUGUGAUCGGCCGGCCCCUGGCUCCCUCCCUAAGGCAGCCUCUUCCUCUUCCUCGUCGGGGAUGAAGAACUCCAAGAAGCUCCAGUCCAACCCCUCCAUCACCUCUCAGAGCAGCAAGAGGAGCAAGAGCUCCUCCAAGAGCAACAGCUCCCAGAUACCUACAGAGGUACAGGAUGACUGCUGUGUUCACUGUAUCCUGGCCUGUCUGUUCUGUGAGUUCCUGACUCUGUGUAACAUCGUGUUGGACUGUGCCACCUGUGGUUCGUGUGCGGGGGACGACUCGGCAUGCUUCUGUUGCUGCUGUGCCUCCGAGGAGUGUGGUGACUGUGAACUGCCGUGUGACAUGGACUGUGGGAUCAUCGACGCGUGCUGCGAGUCUGCAGACUGCCUGGAGAUCUGCAUGGAGUGCUGCGGCCUCUGUUUCUCCUCCUGAGCCUCCCAAACCGCAGUGGGCGAUAUACCUCUCUGUCUCACACACACAGCCCAGGCUCAGUAGAGAGGGUAGUGGAGGGGCAGGAUCAUUGGCCAACAUUGAGGACAUAUUGAGAGUUGCCAUUGGUCCAUGUAAGGACAAUCCAUUGGAAUUGACCAAUCAAAGGACAUGGACUACUCUUUGGCUUGUCCUGCUCACCUCUCUUCUGUGUUGCCUGUCAGUUUGCUAAGGAGAAUUAUGGAUAUCUCCCUUGUUACAACCACAUUGCUAUGCAGAUGUGUAUACACCAUGAUAGCUGUGCUCCAGCGAUGGUUCUGAGCGGCUUCUCUCUCUGGACUUCCUUUGGACCCUCAGUGAUCUGUCUCAGUGAGCUGUCUCUUCUUGCAGCAGAACCCCCUGUCUCCAGAGGCUCAGCAGCACAAUGAAUGGAUCUCUCCAUGCAUGAAAACGACCUCGCAGGCAAAUGAGAAAAUGGCUCCAUUUAACAGGAUUUCAGUGUUUCUGUAGAUAAGACAGCAGAGUAAUAGGAAAAUGGUCGCUCAGAUCGGAGCAGAACCUAGUUUGUCCUUGGCAAGGUUAAACUCUUCCAGUUUUAGUGCUAACCGUUUUUCUCAGCGUGCACAGUCCGUGUGGAGGGUGUGUCUACUGUAGAUGACUAGGACUGGGAGUAGGGGGCUUGGCUACAAACCAAUGGAAACGUGUCAACACUAACCACAUUUCCAUCCACAGUUUAUGCGAGUGAAGUCAUACCGUAUAAACAAAAAUCAGGACAGCUGUGAAGUUUUGAAAAAAAUACAAAAAAUGCCGACAUGGUGGGAUCUUUUUGUGCCGGUAAAAUAUCUUAUGCGAGAAAUGGUGAGGUGAUGAUCGACGCUUGACUGCCAUUUGACAAGUACAAAUAUUCUCCCUCUUAUCCAUAAUAACCGUAUCAUGUAGACGAGCCUACCUGCACGGUAUCUGAGAGUUGAUGGCUGGAGCCCAUCUGCCAAGACCAGAGUUAUAGUAGAGUUGAAAAUGCAAUGGAAACACUUUAGAUUUUAGAUUUCGAUUUUUAUUUGGUACAUGAAAACUGGAGCGGAAAAGUACAUUUUGUGUCUCUGUUUUAUCAGGCACUGGUUUUUAUGCGCAUAUUUUCUUUAUGCGAAUUCUAGAAUAUUUGCAUGAACAUCUGUCUCUAAUUGGAUGGAAACCUAGCUACUGAUACAAUCAUUUUGUUCCAUAGCCAGCAUUAGCACACCUGAUUCAGCUAAUCGAGAUUUUAUGGUUAGUUGAUGAGUUGAAUAGUGCUGGGCUGAAACUAAAGUCUGCAGUGUUUGUAGGGGGCGUUGUUGACAGACCAAACAAUCGACACAUCCUCCAUCUGACUCAAACAUGUGAAAGGAGAGCUCGUCUUUCAUCUUUCUGUAAUUGUCUAUAUGUCUGGCUGUAAACUGAUUACAGAUGGUUACUAACAGAUAGACUGGAAGAGAUCGUUCAAACUCUCAAGGCUUUUACCUGAUCUCAUUCUCGUGUACUGUACAGUAUGUGAACGGAAGGCCUCUGCUUUACUCCAGGCCUGGAUUGUCUCUCCUUGCAACAAAAGUUCUAUUAAUCCAUCUUAUUUUGUGUAGAUUUUAGUUUAGAUAUUUGCAUUUCUCUUCCAAUGUGAAAUCACAUUUCUAUGUUAUCAGUUCCAACCUCUCUCCCUGCAAAGCAGUCGUUCUUCAAAAUGUCAUUUCGUUCCCAGAUUUAGAAUAUCUGCGGAUAUUAUGCUAAGUAUGAUCCAUGUGGUAGCAUUUUGAAUGGUAAGUAUAUUAGUUUUAUCAUAAUAGAACAGAUCCUGCACACUCCAACACUUACCCUUUUCUGCCCAGCAACUCAUGAGAUGUAAUGUAUUUUUCUACUAAGAUUGUGUUUGUAUAUUUUAUACCCAGUGGGUCCUGAUUGUCCUCAGCAAAAACUGUGUUGGUCCUCUUAUGACUUUGGGGUCUAUUCAAUCUGAAACUGUGAAGCGUCAAGGAUUCUGCGCUAUGCAUUUUAAGGUCAUUUCCGAUUGGGCCGACAUUUGCAGCGUUUACCGUGAAUGUAGUCAAUCACGCUGUAGAGGUGGACUUCCCGAUGCAGAUUGAAUAGGGCCUUUUAACUCUCAGAAAUACCAAAGAAAAUCAAAGAGUUUGCUGUUGCUGAAUCUUUAUACCCUAUUUUCUGUGGAAGGUUUUAAACUUGGUUGUAGGCUAUGGCUAAUCAAACUAGCCAACUGCUUGAUUCCAAAGACUACAGACUUUACAGAUAGAUAAUCUGUAUUGUAUUACUGGGUGUAACUAGUAAUGAAAGACAUGCCUUAUUGGGAAUACUCGGAAUCUCUGAUGAAAGCGCUAGCUGUACAUCUACAUGGAGAUUAAGGUAAUAUUGGAAAGAUGCAUUAAAGUUUUAUUACGGAUGAUGUAGAGAGAGGUGUCAUAUUGUACAUCCAAGUCAUUGUUGAGUAAAGCCCUGGAAAUAUGCCUAGUCUUAACAAUAUAGAGUGUUUUUAAUGGACAAUAAAACUGGAAAUCAGAAGUGAGAAUUUGAGAGAUAAAGUUGAAGUCAGAAGUUUACAUACACUUAGGUUGGAGUCAUUAAAACUCGUUUUUCAACCACUCCACAAAUUUCUUGUUAACAAACUAUAGUUUGUUGGUUAGGACAUCUACUUUGUGUCGGUUAGGACAUCUACUUUGUGCAUGACACAAGUCAUUUUUCCAACAAUUGUUUACAGACAGAUUAUUUCACUUAUAAUUCACUGUAUCACAAUUCCAGUGGGUCAGAAGUUUGCAUACACUAAGUUGACUGUCCCUUUAAACAGCUUGGAAAAUUCCAGAAAAUUAUGUCAUGGCUUUAGAAGCUUCUGAUAGGCUAAUUGACAUAAUUUGAGUCAAUUGGAGGUGUACCUGUGGAUGUAUUUCAAGGCCUACCUUCCAACUCAGUGCCUCUUUGCUUGACAUCAUGGGAAAAUCUAAAGAAAUCAGCCAAGACCUCAGAAAAAAGGUUCAUCCUUGGGAGCUAUUUCCAAAAGCCUGUAGGUACCACGUUCAUCUGCAAAAACAAUAGUACGCAAGUAUAAACACCAUGGGACCACACAGCCGUCAUACCGCUCAGGAAGGAGAUGCAUUCUGUCUCUUAGAGAUGAACGUACUUUGGUGCGAAAUGUGCAAAUCAAUCCCAGAACAACAGCAAAGGACCUUGUGAAGAUGCUGAAGGAAAAAGGUACAAAAGUAUCUAUAUCCACAGUAAAACGAGUCCUAUAUCGACAUAACCUGAAAGGCGGCUCAGCAAGGAAGAAGCCACUGCUCCAAAACCGCCAUAAAAAAGCCAGACUACGGUUUGCAACUGCACAUGGGGACAAAGAUCGUACUUUUUGGAGAAAUGUCCUCUGGUCUGAUGAAACAAAAAUAGAACUGUUUGGCCAUAAUGACCAUCGUUAAUGUUUGGAGGAAAAAGGGGGAGGCUUGCAAGCCGAAGAACAUCAUCCCAACCGUGAAGACCGGGGGCAUCAUGUUGUGGGGGUGCUUUGCUGCAGGAGGGACUGGUGCACUUCACAAAAUAGAUGGCAUUAUGAGGAAGUAAAAUUAUGUGGAAGCAAAAUUAUGUGGAAGCAACAUCUCAAAACAUCCGUCAGGAAGUUAAAGCUUGGUCGCAAAUGGUUCUUCCAAAUGGACAAUGACCCCAAGCAUACUUCCAAAGUUGUGGCAAAAUGGUUUGAGGACAACAAAGUCAAGGUAUUGGCGUGGCCAUCACAAAGCCCUGACCUCAAUCCUAUAGAAAAUUUGUGGCCAGAACUGAAGCGUGUGCCAGCAAGGAGGUCUACAAACCUGACUCAGUUACACCAGUUCUGUCAGGAGGAAUAGGUCAAAAUUCACCCAACUUAUUGUGGGAAGCUUGUGGAAGGCUACCGGAGACGUUUGAUCCAAGUUAAACAAUUUAAAGACAAUGCUACCAAAUACUAAUUGAGUGUACGUAAACUUCUGACCCACUGGGAAUGUGAUGAAAGAAAUAAAGCUGAAAUAAAUCAUUCUCUACUAUUAUUCUGACAUUUCACAUUCUUAAAAUAAAGUGGUGAUCCUAACUGACCUAAGACAGGGACUUUUUACUAGGACUAAAUGUCAGGACUUGUGAAAAACUGAGUUUUAAUGUAUUUGGCUAAGGUGUAUGUAAACUUUCGACUUCAACUGUAUACGUGUAUGAAGCCGUAAUAAUGUUUGUUGUUUUGGAUGCACUCUGGAUCAAACAGGAACCAUAUCUAAUGUAGUCAAAUUGUGUUGUUAACUCUAGUUAGGAGACAACUGGAAUAUAAUCAACUUGAUACUGCCUGUGUGAACAGUGACUUUUUGCAUUCCCUGACAAGGUUCCACUACAAUCUCUCUGAGUUUUUCCUUUUUCAUGUCUUGUCUCGUGAAAUGGGUGUCAAGAUUAAAUCUUAGCUUGCUCUGGUGAAAGUAGUUGAUACAAGCAUUCUGUCCAAUACAUGUGUUUAGUGUUUACCCAGUACCAUGUGUAAUAAAAUGACCGUGUUAGAAGUGA